AUGGCUCGGGCCCCCUGGCUCCGCUGCGCGCCUCCGCGCGCGCUCUUGCUCCCAGCGCCUCCGCUGCUGCUGCUGCUGCUGCUGCUGCUGCUACUGCCGCCGCCACGGCUGCUGAUGGCCCGGGCCAGGCCGCCGGACACCCAUCACCGCCACCCUGUGAGGAGAGGGCCACAACCCCAGCACCCAGCUCUGCCUGGCGGCCUGGUGCCUGUCCCUGCCUCCCGUCAGGUUUCUAGACCUGCCAGCAGCUCUGGACCGCCGCGGUGUGGCGUGCCUGACCCACCCGAUGGCCCCAAUGCGCGGAACAGACAGAAGCGCUUCGUGCUGUCAGGAGGGCGCUGGGAAAAGACGGACCUCACCUACAGGAUCCUCCGGUUCCCGUGGCAGCUGGUACGAGAGCAGGUGCGGCGGACAGUGGCAGAGGCCCUUCAGGUGUGGAGCGAGGUGACGCCGCUCACCUUCACCGAAGUGCACGAGGGACGUGCCGACAUCAUGAUUGAUUUCACCAGGUACUGGCACGGGGACAACUUGCCGUUUGAUGGGCCUGGUGGCAUCUUGGCCCAUGCCUUCUUCCCCAAGACCCACCGAGAAGGGGAUGUCCACUUUGACUAUGACGAGACGUGGACGAUUGGGGACAACCAGGGCACAGACCUGUUGCAAGUGGCAGCUCACGAAUUUGGCCACGUGCUGGGGCUGCAACACACCACGGCGGCUAAGGCCCUUAUGUCCCCUUUCUACACCUUCCGCUACCCUCCAAGCCUCAGCCCGGAUGACCGCAGGGGCAUCCAGCAUCUCUAUGGCAGACCCCGGCCGGCCCCCACCUCCCAGGCCCCAGCCUUGGGCCCCCAAUCUGGGAUAGACACCAACGAGAUUGCACUGCUUGAGCCGGAAACCCCACCAGAUGCCUGUGAGGCCUCCUUUGAUGCAGCUUCCGUCAUCCGAGGAGAGCUGUUCUUCUUCAAGGCAGGCUUCGUGUGGAGGCUUCGAGGUGGCCAGCUGCAGCCUGGGUACCCUGCCCUGGCCUCUCGCCACUGGCAGGGACUGCCCAGCACCGUGGACGCGGCCUUUGAGGACGCCCAAGGCCACAUCUGGUUCUUCCAAGGUGCUCAGUACUGGGUAUAUGACGGUGAGAAGCCACUCCUAGGCCCUGCGCCCCUCUCUGAGCUGGGCCUGACGGGGUCCCCAGUCCAUGCCGCCUUAGUCUGGGGCUCGGAGAAGAACAAGAUCUACUUCUUCAGAGGCGGGGACUAUUGGCGUUUCUACCCCAGCACUCGACAUGUGGAAAAUCCUGUACCCCGCCGGGCCACUGACUGGCGAGGGGUGCCGUCUGAGAUCGACGCUGCCUUCCAAGAUGCUGAGGGCUAUGCCUACUUCCUGCGUGGCCACCUCUACUGGAAGUUUGACCCCGUGAAGGUGAAAGCUCUGGAGGGAUUCCCCCGCCUCGUGGGCCCUGACUUCUUCGGCUGUGCUGAGCCUGCCAAUACCUACGGCUGACCAUGGCUUGGAUGCCUUCGGGGCAGUGACCCCUGCCAUACCACUUCUACCAGGGAAAGACCCACAGCCAUCAUUUUGGCCCUGGGCACCAGGCAUGGAACAGACCGACGUCUUCUCAGGGGGCUGGGGUGGGGGCGCAACUGCCAUGGCAACCGCAGGGAGGGCCACGCGGGUCGUGGUCACCUACUGGCGACUGUCUCAGACUGGGCAAAGGCUUUGGCAUUACUUAAGAGUGAGGGAGGUCUUGGGCCAGCAAUACCCCACCUGUAGUCAAACCUGACUUGUCCGAGGCCUCCAUUUCUGUCCCUCAGGGUAGAACCUCGACAGGGAUGGCGGGGAGGCAGUGUCCUUUCUCUAACCCUUCUGUGAAACAUCGAGGCCUUGGGGAGCAGGGCUCCUUCUUGAAAUGUCAGCUCAGAAGAGAUGCUGUGCCUUCUGGCUAGGGAACCAGAGAUCUAAGACCUAGGCCAAAAGGUCCGCAGCCUGCUUCCUCCUGGAGACCCUGAGCCCUGGAGGUCCCAACAUACCUCACGGCCUUGUCCCAGGCCAGUUCUUCCUGGGAGCCCCUCAUCCUGAUACUGGUACCCUCCAAAGCCAUGUAAAUGUGUGCAGAGUGUACAAAGACUGUGUUGUUUUGUUUUGUUUCUGUUUUUUUUUUUUUUUUUCCUACUGAGGACUGUCAUUAAACCUGAGAA